AUGGCAAGCGAAGCCCAAUUCGAUGCCGCCUUAGACCUCCUCCGCCGCCUCUCUCCACUCAAGGUGUCGGACAACCUGACCUCCAUAACCACGCUCGUGCCCGAUCUCACAGAAGACCUCCUCUCCUCCGUGGACCAGCCGCUGACGUCGGCACGCUGCAAAAAGACCGGCCGGGACUAUCUGUUAUGCGACUACAACCGUGACGGCGACUCAUAUCGGAGUCCCUGGAGCAACGAAUUCGAGCCCCCACUAGACGAUGCCACAUACCCGAGCGACCGCGUACGGAAGAUGGAAGUCGAGGCGAACACGGCGUUUGACGUGUACAGGCAGAUGUACUACGAGGGCGGCACGGGGUCAGUGUACCUGUGGGACUUGGAUGACGGGUUCGCAGGUGUAGUUUUGUUGAAAAAGGCUGUGGGCAAAGAGGCUGGCUGGGACAGCAUACACGUGUUUGAGGUCGACGAGAGAAGGGGCAGUGGACGGACAUGUCAUUACAAGCUGACCAGCACUGUCAUCUUGCAUCUGGGUCGUGAUGGCGAGGGACUCGGGUCACUAACCUUGGCUGGGAGCAUGACGAGACAAGUCGAGGCCGACCUGGUGGUGGAGAAUGUCGGCGGACAGGGCAAAGAUGGAGGCCACGUCAUCAACAUAGGAAGAUUGAUCGAGGACAUGGAAGGCAAGAUGCGAAACAUGCUCCAGGAAGUAUACUUUGGCAAGGCAAAGGACGUGGUAGGCGACCUGAGGAGCGUGGCUCCGUUGACGGGCGUCAACCGUGAGAGACAGACUCAGAAAGAUCUCAUUUCCAGUAUGGGAGGGAAAUGA